UGUAAAAAAGUUUGAAGUGUUUCCGAUCCCGCGUAGAUGGCGUCCCUCAAGUUUCUCUUCUUAACCCUACUUGCCUUCAUGUUUAUCUGCAGCACGUCUGUGCAAGGCUUGAGACACGGAAUGCACCACCGUCCAGGAAGACCAGGACCACACCAUCGCCCGAGACCAGGCUGGAUCGGUUGUUUACCCUGCUGUCAGCGCAAUGAAGUUGUCAGAGAAGAAAUGACUAAGUCGAGGUUAUUUGAUCAGUGCCGAAACGAUGCGCUCGUGUGCUCUCAAUUCCUACAUGAUUCAAAUGCUGCAGCUGAAUCACCGUCACAGCAGAAUUUGAAUUUUCUAUGUAUUCGUUGCUCCAUCAAAGUUGUUUAUAGACGAGUGGGAAACCAACUACUGGAGACCAAAUCGUGAUCAAAACCUGCAUCAAUAUGCCAGUGUACCCUACCAGAGCACCGGAAAGAAGCCAAUCGACUAUGGAAUGGUUAGUGUUGUUGCCAGGACG